AUAUCACCUUAAUUCAAAUAUUGUAAACACUGUUUCUUCCCCCCUCAAUAACAAAAAGAAAUAAAUAUCGAGCCUUUAUUGUCAAAGCUACUCUCUCAGAUUGUCUCAUUUAUUGAACCCUUUUCUUCUAAUUUUUCGUUCAAAGUUUCUUUUUUUCAUCUUUCUUUAAUUUGAAUAAAUAUUUAAUAAUAAAUUUUCACUUUUUGGGACUGCCCAUCUUCUCCAAUCUUGUUGCCAGCUUGGUUUCUGCAGCAAUGGCGGCUUCAGUAGAGUACAGAAAUAUGAUGAAGGAGAAUGAGGAUGAUUUGUCAAUGUUUUUCGAGAUGCGGAACCGGGAAUUGGGAAUUAAUGAUCUUUCACUAAUUCAAAACUCUGAUGAUUUUGAUGAUUCGUUCGGAUCGAAACCAAAGAUAACAUCAAUUGAUGCAGCAGUACAUGGUCCGAAAUCAAUAGCUGAUGAAUUUCUGGAUUCUGAAAAUGGCAAAACUGAUUAUGACUGGCUUCUUACACUACCUUGCGCUCCAUUGGAAAAGGGUGUGGUAAAAACAACUGGAAAUGCUAAAUUCCAAACAACUGCUCCAAGAUCUAAAUGUGCAGAACCCCCUUUAAAAUCUGCUUCGAGUGAGGUAACAUCAUAUAGGCAGAGAAGAUCUGCCAGUGCUGGCACUAGAAGGUCGUCAUCAUCAGGGGUUGGAGGAUCAGUCGCUAGACCUGCUACACCAACGGGACGUCCCACGUUACCUGCAUUAGUGAAGCCCUUGAGGUCCUCUACCCCUUCUUCAAGAACAGCAUUAGUUCCUUCCAGUAAAAUUGUGGCUCCUCACAAGAGAUCCUCAACUCCAACAAGAUCUACUGCCCGUUCUUCUACACCAACUGGAAGACCCUCUAUACUAGCAUCUUCCAAAUCAGCAUCAAGAUGUGCAACUCCAAGUCAGUCAUCUGACCAAUCUAGUUUAUGUAGCGCAUCCGCUCCUGCUGGUCGUUCUUCUUCGGUGACAAGGUCAAGUGCUACAACCAAUAAAAAAACAAUUCCAUCACGUGCUAUUUCCCCCUCAGCGAAGUCUACAUCACAGAGGUCUGAGGUGCCUGGUUUCCUCACUGAUGCUCCACCAAAUUUGAGGACAUCAUCAUCCAGAAGGCAUGCUUCAGCAUCUAAGGAAAGGCCAUGUGCACCUAAUUCUCAACCAUCCACUGCUGAAGCUGUCUCCAGUGGAAAACCGAGACAGAAACCAUACACUUCACUAAAAUCACAGGUCUCAAGUGGUAAUUCCCAAAACAGCGGGAGACCUGUGAUAGUGAAAAGUCGCAAGUACUUCAACGCUAAUGAUGAUGUAAACCCUGUUUUAAUGGGAACUCAAAUGGUUGAAAGGGUUGUGAAUAUGAGAAAACUAGCACCCCCAAAGCAAGAUGAUCUUGUCUCUGAUCAUAGUAACUCUAAGAAGUCCUCUUCCCAGGAGAGUUCAGGAUUUGGUCGAUCACUCUCCAAGAAAUCGUUAGAUAUGGCCAUAAGGCAUAUGGACAUCGGUCGCAGCAUCUCAGGUAACAUGCGGUCGCUAAUGAAAGAUGUUCCUGCUUCUUCUGUUUACAGCCUGAGAUCCAAGUCCACUAAAGUCGGGAUAUCUAAAGCUUCCCAGUCUUUAAUCACAAGCAGCAAUGCUAGUUCGGAACGUAGCUUUAACACCAGCUCCCAUGAUUUAAAUGGAAGUGAAGUGGAAGAUAUUGACCUCGGCAGUGAGCAAGGACAUUCUUCUUCCAACAGCCAGCGCGGAUAACAACUCUCAUCUCGAUUUGCUGGUUACCGUCUUUUUCUCAAUAUGAGUCAACUUAGAAGGCAAGGGACAGAACCUGAUCACCUACAAGAAGCUGGAAAAACUCUUUCCUUCUCUUGUACUAGCAUUAUAUGUAUUGUUGAGUUGCAUUUGGAUAUUUAUUUUGAUGAUCCUUUGCAGUCUCAUCGAACUCCUUUCGAUCUCUAAUCGUAUCAUCUUCCCUUGCAAUGUGAACUGUUUGUUAAAUUAAGUUGCAGAUAAUCUGUGUAAAAUACUGGAAUCAAGUACAUUUAUCUGUUUUAA